ACAGCCGCCCACUUUUCCAUAAUAACUGAUAGCAAAACACAAUGACCAGGUCACAGAUUAAAUUUAAUCAUCGGGUCGCAAAGAAGUUGAAAAGGACCUGUAUAGAAGCUGGCAUGUCCCGCAGCGAUGCUGCCAAAAUCAGCCUUUCGUGCUUACCAGUACCAAGGGUGUCCGGGACGACACGCAGAAAUCCUGGUCGGAUGGAUGGCAUGCAGUGGAAAUCAGAUUCAUUUCUCUGUCCAGAGCGUGUUGAUGGGUUCGAGUCAUUCUGCGGCGGGCCCGAGGCCUACGACAUGAACGAAGAGGAAUGUUGUAUGAACGACGACAGACGCAGCAACCCGACAAGCGAAAGGAUGCACACCAUAUCCCUUCUCGAUAUUGCCAGACCGGCAAAGUCCAAAGGAAUCGCAAAAGAGUAUGAGGUUGUGAAAGGUGUGCGCCAGGUCAUAUUUUUGGAUGAUGAGGAGGUUUGUCUAGAAGAGCAAUGGGAAGAGUGGGAAGAGAUUUACGAGCCGAGCGAUACUGAAAAACCAACGUACGCUGAUGUUUUGAAGAACAAAUGACGAUAGAAAACCGUAGAAAGCUCUGCCACAGGCCCACAGAUAAAUACUGUAGCUAUAACACUCAAAUAACACUUGCUACAUUUGGGAGUGUGCGGGAAAUUGAAUUUGGGA